GAGGGAAGAUGAAAGAGUUCUAACUUCAGCUGGGGCUUGCCAUGGAAGACUCAGAAGGACAUCACUUUAGCUCAGUGGAAGAGGAGUCUAGAUACUGGAAGGAACUGGCCAUGAAGUAUAAGCAGUGUGCUGAGACUACACAAGAGGAACUGCGUGAGUUCCAGGAAGGGAGUCGAGAGUAUGAAGCUGAACUGGAGGCUCAGCUGCAACAAACAGAGUCCAGAAACAGAGACCUACUGUCAGAAAAUAAUCGUCUGCGAAUGGAGCUCGAGUCAGUUAAGGAAAAGAUUGAAAUGCAGCAUUCAGAAGGAUACAGGCAGAUCUCCGCACUGGAAGAGGACCUGGCGCAGACAAAGGCUAUUAAAGAUCAACUUCAGAAAUACAUUCGAGAACUUGAGCAAGCCAACGAUGACUUGGAACGAGCAAAAAGAGCCACUAUAAUGUCUUUGGAGGAUUUUGAACAGCGUCUAAACCAGGCUAUUGAAAGAAAUGCCUUUCUGGAGAGUGAGCUGGAUGAGAAGGAGAAUCUCCUGGAGUCUGUGCAGCGCCUGAAAGAUGAAGCUAGAGAUCUACGACAAGAGCUUGCUGUGCAGCAGAAACAAGAGAAACCCAAAACACCAAUGCGAACCACUAUGGAAACAGAAAGAACAGACACAGCAGUGCAAGCUUCCUUAUCUGUGCCUUCUACCCCUUCGGUACACCGGGCACCCAACAUGAACAUACCCACUCCUGGGACAUUUAGAAGAGGUUUUGAGGACGGUUACAGUACAACCCCUCUUACACCUGCUGCCAGAAUAUCUGCACUUAACAUUGUGGGAGACUUGCUGCGGAAAGUAGGGGCUUUGGAGUCCAAACUUGCUUCUUGCAGGAACUUUGUCUAUGACCAGUCCCCAAACAGAACCACGGUGUCCAUGUAUAUGAACAGAGAUGUCCUUGAAACACGCCUGAGUCCUCACCAGCCUCUCUGUGAUGCAGGGUUAGUGAAACGUCUGGAGUUUGGAACACGGCCUUCAAAUAUUUCAGGGUCAAUGGGCCAUCCCUCACAAGGUGUUGUCAAGAUGCUGCUGUGAAAAGACUGUCUGACUUAGGAAAAGAAUAUAUAAAUAUAUGUAUUUUAAACUUUAGUUUUAAAGAGAAUACUAACGAGCAACCAGGCAUCAUCAUAAGGGUAGGUGAAAACAGAACAAGAAGCUGCAAUUGGCACUGGUCUCCUGUGCUCUUGCCCAGUGUGGCCUCUCAGCUGACUUGUGUGGCUAGUGUGAUGAAGCAGUGCUGCCUGCCAGCACAGUACUUGAAAUUGCGUCCUAUGGCAAUUACUCUAAAUAGCUCCUUGAAGGUCACUUCUCUGACACUGUCAAAGCCAGUGCCCCUGUAUCUGUGGCAGAGGCAGUAUUCCCUGUGCAGGUCCUCAGGCUUUUGCUUUUAAUAUGGCACCAUGAUAUUCAAACUAGAAUUGUAACUGUGCUGGCUUUCUGGCUUGAGUGUUGUAUGCCUCAGUCCUUCAGAUUAGAGGAGAUUUAUAUAUAUAUAUACACACUGCACAUAUACUGCAAAGCAGGAGAUUUUGCACUGGCUUAACAUACAGACAAUUCAUUUUGCAGUGUACAAAGCCUGGCUGUUGUAGGAAGCAAGAGACUGAUCAACUUGCUAGUUCUAAUAU